AUGUCAUCGUCACCUCCACCCGCAGGCAGUCACCGCCUCCACCGUUGUCGCCACCACCCACCACUGUUACCACCCACCACUGUUACCACCCGCCGCUGCCACCAACCACCGCCGCUGCCGCCACCCAUCACCACUGUUGCCGCCACAACCACCACCACCGCCGCCACCAACCACCACCGACGGCCGCCGUCACCGCCUCCACCGCCACUCGUUGCUGCCGCCACCACCCAUCGUCGCCUCCGCCACCACCCACCACCGCCACCCACCUAUAACUACCCACAAUCGCUACUAUCGACCACCACCACUCACUGCUGA